UCCUCUCGCGCCUCACCACCGAAUCACCCUUUUGCCUUCGCAAUUCUGGGCCUGCAACCACAUCGCUUCGCCGCCGUAUCCCUUCUCUUCUUCCUCUUCUCCGAGCGCUCGCAUCGCACCGCAAUUCAAUGCCCGCGCUUCGGUGUGAGAUCGACCUAGCCGGCCUCCCUGACGACGAUUGAAGAUCGAACCUACCGUUGCAAGAUCUUGUAUAGUUUGCAAAAUCCAGCUGUCUAACGAAGAACAUGUAAAAGAUCUUGUAUCUGCAUGGAUUUCGAUGCGACUACCUAAAGUGCCAGGUAAAUAACUGAAAUAAGCUAUCCAUAAGCGGGGAAUCCAGUACGACGAUGGCUGUAGGAACAGAGAGUGGCUCGGGCGGCGUAGCCGAGAGCGCCCCCUCGACGCCAAUGUCGGCAAUGACAACAACGCCCAUAUCGGCGAGGUCGGUGAGGUGGGAGAGCGACAUGCCGGACAUCGAGGAGGGAGGCGGCGGGCUGGAGCGGCCGCUGCUGCGCCGCCGCGGCACCAACACCACGUCGCAGAUGGCCAUCGUCGGCGCCAACGUCUGCCCCAUCGAGAGCCUCGAUUACGAACUUGUGGAGAAUGAAGUGUACAAGCAGGACUGGAGAUCAAGGGGGAAAUUGCAAAUCUUCCACUAUCAGAUCCUUAAAUGGGUCCUAGCACUUCUUGUUGGAUUAAUAGUUGGCCUAAUAGGAUUCUUCAACAACAUUGCCGUCGAAAACAUAGCCGGGUUCAAGCUGCUCCUGACGACCAAUCUAAUGCUCCAGAACAGGUACAAGGCGGCCUUUCUAUGGUUUAUCAGCUGCAAUGCAAUGUUGGCAGCAGCCGCUGCAGCAUUGUGCGCUUACUUUGGCCCAGCGGCUGCCGGAUCUGGCAUACCUGAGGUGAAGGCCUAUCUGAAUGGUGUCGACGCGCCGUCCAUCUUAGCGCCCAGUACCCUCUUCGUCAAGAUUGUUGGGUCUAUAUUUGGGGUGUCUGCUGGGUUUGUGCUGGGCAAGGAAGGUCCUAUGGUGCACACUGGGGCUUGUGUUGCCUCCUUUCUAGGACAAGGCGGGUCGCGCAAGUAUGGCUUCACUUGGAAUUGGCUCAGGUACUUCAAGAAUGAUUUGGACCGCAGGGAUCUGAUCACCUGUGGAGCUGCAGCAGGAGUUACAGCAGCCUUCCGCGCCCCUGUCGGCGGUGUCCUCUUCGCACUUGAAGAAGCAACAUCCUGGUGGCGGAGCGCGCUUCUCUGGAGGACAUUCUCCACGACAGCAGUGGCGGCAAUGGUGCUAAGGUCCCUAAUAGAGUACUGCCGCAGCGGCAACUGUGGCCUGUUCGGGAAAGGAGGGCUGAUCAUGUUCGACGUAAGUUCACAGGUGACAUCAUACACCACCAUGGAUCUCGCCGCGGUUGUGCUGCUCGCCAUCGUCGGCGGGCUACUUGGAGCACUCUUCAACUUCCUCCUCAAUCGGAUCCUUCGUGUGUAUAGCUACAUCAACGAGAAAGGCGCGCCGUACAAGAUCAUUCUUACGGUGGUCAUCUCGCUGGUCACCUCGUGCUGCUCCUUCGGCUUGCCGUGGCUGACGGCGUGCACGCCAUGCCCGCCGGAGCUGGCCGCCAGCGGCCACUGCCCGACCAUCGGCCGCUCCGGCAACUUCAAGAACUUCCGGUGUCCGCCGGGGCAGUACAACGCCAUGGCGUCGCUGUUCCUCAACACCAACGACGACGCCAUCCGCAACCUCUUCAGCGGCGGCACGGAGAGCGAGUUCGGCGUGCCCAUGCUGCUCGCGUUCUUCACCGCCGUCUACUCGCUCGGCCUGGUCACCUACGGCGUGGCCGUGCCGUCGGGCCUCUUCAUCCCCGUGAUCCUCUCCGGCGCGUCGUUCGGCCGGCUGCUCGGGAAGCUGCUCGGCGUGCUCACCGGCCUCGACACGGGGCUCUUCGCGCUGCUCGGCGCGGCGUCCUUCCUCGGCGGGACGAUGCGGAUGACGGUGUCGGUGUGCGUCAUCCUCCUGGAGCUCACCAACGACCUCCUGCUGCUGCCGCUCAUCAUGCUGGUGCUGCUCGUCUCCAAGACGGUGGCCGACUGCUUCAACAAGGGCGUGUACGAGCAGAUGGUGCGCAUGAAGGGGCUCCCUUACCUGGAGGCGCACGCCGAGCCGUGCAUGCGCAGCCUGGUCGCCGGCGACGUCGUGUCCGCGCCGCUCAUCGCCUUCUCCAGCGUCGAGAGCGUCGGCACCGUCGUGGACACGCUGCGCCGCACGGGGCACAACGGGUUCCCGGUGAUCGAGGACGCGCCGUUCGCGCCGGAGCCGGAGCUGUGCGGCCUCGUGCUGCGCUCCCACCUCCUCGUGCUCCUCCGCGCCAAGACCUUCACCGCCGACCGCGUCAAGACCGGCGCCGCCGAGGUGUUCCGCAAGCUCGCGCCGUUCGACUUCGCCAAGCCCGGGUCGGGCAAGGGCCUCACCGUCGACGACCUGGACCUCACCGAGGAGGAGAUGGCCAUGUACGUCGACCUCCACCCGAUCGCCAACCGCUCGCCGUACACCGUAGUGGAGAACAUGUCGCUGGCCAAGGCCGCCGUGCUCUUCCGCCAGCUCGGCCUCCGCCACAUGUGCGUCGUGCCGAGGACGCCGGGGAGGCCGCCGGUGGUCGGGAUCCUGACGCGACACGACUUCAUGCCGGGUUACAUCCGCGGGUUGUUUCCGAACGUCCUCCGUGAGUAGCGGCCAUGGCGAGCGCGCGAACGAAUUCUUUUGCACAUAUCUUUUUUUUCUGCUUUUGGACCUUAUUACCAACUGGAGUAGAUUAGCUUAGAUUUGAUGUUUAAUUAGCACCCAAGUGAACGAGCGGUGGCUGCAAAAUUCUAUGAACUCGCAAAGCCUGAGAGUGAGAGUUCAGCUAUAUGAGGUGAGAAUUAAAUGUCAUAGGUUUAAUGGAGCUUUGUAAUUAACUGAUGAUCUUUUCGAAAAAACAACUCGUCGAUGAUGCCGAUAAUGAAUUUGAUUUCAGUCAA